AUGGCUUCUGCACCCAGAGGCCGGCUACUCGAACUUGCAAAGCUUCAAUGCUCAAUAUUCGGUACCACCUUCAACCCUAAUCGACAACGGUUAGGCAAUAAAAUUCUUCGCCAGAGGUUAAAGGGCCCAACAUUAGCCGCAUAUUAUCCAAGAAGAUCAGCCACGGUGGAAGAUGUGAUAAACGAAUUCAAGAAAUUUGAUUUGACAGGGUUCAAUGAAGAAGAGGAACAGAGAUUAGAACGCGUCCAACUCGCCAAGUUAAGAGGCAAGGGCCCUCCGAAGAAAAAGAGGACAGCAGCAGAGAGUCGAAUGAACAAAAGGAAGAAAUAG